CGUGGAAUGGCGGACGGGCGGGCCGGCCCGCCUUGGUGGUAGUGAGAUCGGGGGCGCGGAGGGGACAGCUGCGGACAGGAACAGUGCCUGAAGCAGGUCCACCAUGCCGUUAGUAACGAGGAACAUUGAGCCAAGGCACCUGUGCCGUCAGACGUUGCCUAGCGUUCCGAGCGAGCUGGAAUGCGUGACCAACAUCACCCUGGCAAAUGUCAUUCGACAGCUGGGCAGCCUGAGUAAAUCUGCAGAAGACAUAUUUGGAGAGUUGUUUACUCAAGCCAACACCUUUGCCUCUCGGGUGAGCAUUCUGGUCGAGAGAGUUGACCGCUUGCAAGUCAAAGUCACUCAGCUGGAUCCCAAAGAGGAGGAAGUCUCCUUGCAAGGCAUUAACAGCAGGAAGGCCUUCAAAAGCUCCACCACUCAGGACCAGAAGCUCUUUGACCGAGAUUCUCUCCCUGUGCCUGUCCUCGAAACCUACAGGACCUGCAACACCCCUCCACCUCUCAACAUCCUCUCACCUUACAGGGAUGAUGGCAAAGAGGCACUUAAAUUCUACACAGAUCCUUCGUAUUUCUUCGACCUUUGGAAGGAGAAAAUGCUUCAGGACACCAAGGAUAUCAUGAAGGAAAAGCGGAAACAUAGGAAAGAGAAAAAGGAGAAUCCGAACCGAGGAAACGUGAAUCCACGGAAAAUCAAAACCCGGAAAGAGGAGUGGGAGAAGCUGAAAAUGGGACAGGAAUUUGUGGAGUCAAAGGACAAGCACGGUCCUGCUGGGUACCCCUCCAACAUGGUGUACCAGAACGGCAGCAUCGGCUCCAGCGAGAGCAUGGAUGGGAGCUGCUACCCGCCACCGCCGCAGACCGACUCCAUUGUGCCACCACCUCCCUCGUUCCCAGAUGACAGCCUGCCUCCGCCCCCGCUGGAAUUUAGCUAUCCUGCAGACAACCAAAGAGGUUCUGGUUCCGGAGGGCCCAAGCGCUCCAGCCUGGUCAGCCCGAGCCACCCGCCGCCGGCCCCUCCGAUCGGCUCUCCCUCCGCGGCCCGGCCGGGCUUCGCGCCCCCUCCGGCGCCGCCCCCGCCGCCGCCGCUGCUGGAGAGCGCCCCCCCCCCGCCGCCGCCCGUGGGCUUCCCGGCCCCGGGGGCCGCCCCCGCGCCGCCCUCGCCGCCCUCCUUCCCCCCGCACCCCGAGUUCGCAGCCCCGCCGCCCCCGCCCCCUCCGCCGGCAGCCGACUACGGCGGCGCUGUGCCCGCUCCGCCGGGGCCGCAGCCGGGCGCUGGGGCCGCGCCGCCCCCGCCGCCGCCGCCGCCGCCCCCGGGGCCGCCCCCGCUGGCUCCCGGCGGCCUGGACGGGCCCCCGCCGCCCCCUCCGCUCUCCGACGCCUCCGCCGCCAAGCCCAAGUCAUCCCUGCCCGCGGUGAGCGAUGCCAGGAGCGAUCUGCUGUCGGCUAUUCGGCAAGGCUUCCAGCUGCGCAAGGUGGAGGAGCAGCGGGAGCAGGAGAAGCGGGACGUGGUGGGCAACGACGUGGCCACCAUCCUGUCGCGCCGCAUCGCGGUGGAGUACAGCGACUCCGAGGACGACUCCUCCGAGUUCGACGAGGACGAGUGGUCGGAUUAGCCGCGCUCCCGCCCCUCCUUCCCUCCGCUCCUGGGCUCGCUUCUUCCCGGAUCAGGUGGCCAAACCUCGCACCACAGCCUGCCCAUCCCGUAACCAAAGAUGCGCCAAGGGUUUUCAGACAACCAGCAGCAUGUCUCCCCUGCCCCUCCCCUGCAGCCCUGGCAGGAUCCGCGCUCUGCUUUCCAAAAGUCUCCUCACGGACACUGAGGAUGCGGCGCUGGGAUUUAGCUGGAGGGGGUGUAACGGUUGCUUGUUUAAAAGAGAGCUAAACCUCCAGAUUUCUGAUGCCACCAGGCAGAGCACAUAUAAACCCUCCAUCCUGAGGGAUUUUUAAAGUAAAGAUGGAUGAUCCUGUUGUGGCCAUGUGGCCUUUUGGAUGAAGGACAUUUUCAGCUGGUUUUCUCAGCGCAACAGCAGACAGUUGAUCUGAUGGCUCUUCCUUGCCAGUGAAUACUGGUAGUGCUGCAAGAAAAUGGGCUUUAAAUGUCAGUUCUCUGCUGCAUCCCACUGUCACAUAAUCAGGUUUUUGGCAUUAGUGCACAAUUCUUUCCCUCCUGACCCCUGAGUAUUAAUUCCAGAUCACCCUGCGUGGGGUGCAUUUCUCAGCUCCGAGGGUGCUGAGUGCCUUGGGUGCAGUGUAAGGAGAGACUUUUUUAUUUUAGAAGCUGCCUUUACCUUCCUCAAAGCUCCUUGGCUCCUCCUGCCAAGAGGAGACUUGCACAGAGGGAUGUAAAACCAGGGCAGGAUGCUCGUUCGGCUUCCCACUCUUGGGAAAGCAGAGCCACUGCCCCACUGAGACACAUCUGUGGUCAGCUCUGAGCGCGGGCCAGACCUCGCCGGGCUGAUUUUCUCCAAUUCGUGCUGAGAUUGUGUUUUAAAAUUCCAAAUCCAGUGCCUAGGACGGGGAGCUGGGCUGGGGUUCUCUGAGCACCAGGCACUGUGGUGGUCCUUGGCCUGCCAGGGCAGUUUGAGAGGUGCUUUUUUAGCGGGGUGACCGUACUUUUAACACAGAGACUUCAAUGCUGGUAUUGCCUUUGCUUCUCCUCCCUUCCCCCCAGGGAGGGGAGUUUGUGUGCCUAAAAACAUCAUUGUGUGUGUGAACUGAGUUGCCCAUCAGUUACAUCAGACCUAACCUACCCUAAUUUUGUUAUUAUAAUUCAUUAGUUAAUUUUAAGGAACGUUUUUUCUCCUCACUAACCCUGUGAAUUAAUUCCCAGGCUGCUCACUAUAGAUCCAGUACUGGCAGGGGAAAAUGGGGAAUUUGAACUAGCUGACCUCGGUUUUAUUGCUGUUUUAUGUUACCUUACAUAGAAUAUGAGCAUAUCUUGGAAAUCUAACCCAGAUACCCCUGAUGUGUAUUUUAAUUUGGACAUGACUCAGUAAGGGUCAUGCAAAAAGCAAUUCCAAAGCCUUUUUGAGGUUAUGGGUCCAGCUGUUGUGGGAUGCGUGUCCCACUAAGACCAACUCCCCCAUCCUUUUGCCUUUCCUAAAGUAUUUCACCAGCCUGUGCCUGUCUCUCUUCCCUGCCUCGCCUCCUUUAAUGAUGGUGCUGAUACCUGGAACGCUGGGCCCUGCCCGAGGCUGGCUGGAAAUCCUGCUUGGGAGGUGAUCGAUGGCUUCAGCUUGUGCCAUGAGUUCUUACUGAUUCCCUCUGUGUGUGUGUGAGUGUGUGUGUGAGUGAGUGUGUGUAGGGAUGGCCGGAGGAUGGGCUCAGGGGUGCAGCCCCAGCUGGGAGCCAGUGAUGCCCCAGAGGUUCCUGGGUGGCAGCACCAUCGGGUUUGUCUGCAGGCAGGAUGCAGGGUCUGGGCAGCAGGGAACAGCUGAGCAGCUCUAGUGCCAGGUUCUGGAACAGGGAGCAAACCCCAGGAGUGCAGUGCAGAGACUUGGAAAUGCAGAGGGAUGGUUGCUGCAAGCUGGGUGAGGGGAGGAGAGGCACUGCCUCGUUCUGCUGCUCUUUCUGCGAGCAUCCUCCUCUGGCUGCUCUGAGAGACAAGUUCCCGGCAAAAACAGCCCUGAGCUAAGCUGGGCUGACAGCAGGAUCACACAGGGAGGCGAGGAGCCCGCAAAUGCCAAACCUGGCUCAGUCUGAGAUUGCAUUAACUAGACUUAGCCUUGCUGGGAAAGGGAGCGAGUCUUUGUGUCGCCUGAAAUAGCAGAAGUGCCAUAUUCCCUGAGCCCCAUGGUGGUGUGUCGUGCCUGGGGCCCUGGGACACGUCCCUCUCUCUGCCUAUUGCACAAGGCUGCUGCUGUGUGGGCACGGCUGGAGGUGGCUCCUCUGGCCUGCAGGCAGCGGGAGGGACACUGCCUUGUCCCUGCAAGCCUGCUGGAAACAGCCUCUGCUCCCAAACCCCAUCCCAGGGCAGGCACCAAAACUGCAGGAUCCUACACAGAACGGUUGUGGACAGGUAGGGGAGGUUGGUGUUGGAGUGUUUUUUAAAUCUCCUUUGAUUUCUGCCUUUUUUUUUUUUUCCCUAAAUCUUUGAUUGCCUUAGCCUAUGCGGGUAUCCCUGAGAAACAGCUGCUCCAGAGAGGGACCAUCUCUGAGUAUCCUUGCAAAAUCGCAGAGCUCUGGGCCACCGAGUGAGCUCAGUGUUUGUGAAAGCAGCAGGGAGGAGGAGAGGUGCCAAAACCAACCUUUGCAAGGCAGAGCAGCUGUGCUGGAAGGGCAGGGCUGCCCUGCCACCUUUGCCCUCGCAUGGGGGCUCCGGCUCCUUCCUCCCCCUUGGUGGGGCUGGGCUGUUUCCCCAAGCCCAG